AUGAAUAAAACAAAGAAAGUCCCCAUUACUUUACAUAAUAAUAAUAAUGUUGGACACCAAAAACAUCAUAAGAAGACUCAUCAUCAUGCUUCUUUGCUGACAAAUUUUAAGUCUGCUGUGAUGAAAUGUGCAAGCUUUUUUGCAUUGUUUCUUUCUGGAAAAAGAAACACACAAGAAUCAAAGGUUGUUGAAGACAGAAAGAGUACAAACAAAGUCAAAGGAGCAUCAUCUUCAUCUGAUUUAUCAUCUGAUAGCAACAAGAGUUCAUCCUCAAAAUUGAAGUUUUCACAUUCCUAUGGAUCAUCUAGCACUUCAAAUACUCAGCUUGGAACUGCAGGGAACUUCUCCUUUGAAGAAAUCUGCAAGGCAACAGCAAAAUUCUCUGCAGCUAAUAAGAUUGGGGAAGGUGCCUUUGGAACUGUUUAUAAGGGAAAGCUUAAUGAUGGAACUCUUGUUGCCGCAAAGCGCGCCAACAAGGAUGUAGAAAACAAGAACUUAGCUGAGUUCAAGAAUGAAGUAUCCACCUUGUCAAAGAUUGAGCAUCUGAAUCUUGUGAGGCUGUAUGGAUAUUUGGAGCAUGCAGAUGAAAAGAUUAUUGUUGUUGAAUAUGUUAAUAAUGGAUCACUCCGGGAACAUCUAGAUGGUACAAGGGGUGAUGGGCUAGAAAUUGGUGAGCGUUUAGACAUAGCAAUUGAUAUAGCUCAUGCAGUUACUUACCUUCAUAUGUACACAGAUCAUCCAAUUAUUCAUAGAGACAUCAAAGCAUCAAACAUCUUGCUUACUGACAAACUAAGGGCUAAAGUGGCCGACUUUGGUUUCGCCCGGCUGGCUGCUGAAGACCCUUCUGCCACCCAUGUUUCAACAAAACUUAAAGGAACAGCAGGCUACAUUGAUCCUGAUUACAUGAGAUCUUACAAGCUUUCUGAGAAGAGUGAUGUAUAUUCCUUCGGCGUGUUGCUUGUUGAGAUGGUUACCGGACGACAUCCAGUUGAGCCGAGGAGACCUCUCAGUGAGAGAGUUACAAUUAAAUGGGCACUGCAGAUGCUGAAACAAGGAGAAGUUGUGAUCGCCAUGGAUCCGAGGCUGCGAAGAAGUCCGGCCGCGAAAAAGGCCGUAGAGAAGGUUCUAAAGCUAGCUCACCAGUGCCUUGCACCUUCAAGACAAUCAAGGCCAACCAUGAAGACAUGUGCUGAGGUUUUAUGGGGUAUCCGGAAAGAUUUUAGAGACAAAACAUCUUCUCAUCUUAGCCAUGAUUCUCAUCAUUCUGCUAAUUAUCCUCAUAGAGAUGCCAUGAAUGAUAGGCAUAAGUUAUUUGAUAUCGAAGGUGACAAUGACCGUAAAUUUGUAUCUGCAUAGUUGAAUUUGUUCAUUGAUUGUUCAGAUGGUGAACACAAUACUGAUAUUGUUCUUUCAUGUUCUUUGAUUGAUGAAAUGAAACCAUGAAUUAUGUGGUUUAUAGCUUGACUUUUAAGUUUUUUGUUCUACAUAUGAGUAUUGUAUAAGUUAUGUUUUUUUUUUUUUACUAAAAUUAGGAACGAGACUCCAGACCUCUAAAUGAGAAUGAAGAGACUAUGUCAUUUGAGAUAUAACUCGUCCGCAUCGCAUCAAUUAUGUUGUGGAUUGAGAAAUUGUAAAGGCAAUUGUAGUAAUUAAUCAAG